AUGAGUGCUCAAUUAUCGAUUGGUAAUGAGUUGAAGGAUUCCUUUCAACAAACUCAUAAAUGGGUUGAAAAUAAUAUCAAAUGGUUAAAGGAACUUGAACAAUUUUAUAGGGAACGUUCGAAAUUAGAAAAAGAAUAUAGUGAGAAGUUGACACGUUUGAGUUCUGAAUAUUUUACAAAGAAGAGUUCUAGUAGUGUGCCCUUAUCUGUUGGUGAUACACCUGCAACAACGCCUGGUUCUUUAGAGGCUGCAGGAAUCGUAGCUUGGAAUGAAGUUCUAGCGCAAACAGAAAUGAUUUCUAAGGAUCAUAAUAAAUUAGCACAAGAUUUUGAUACUCAAGUUGCAAAUCAACUAAGUGGAUUACAUUCUAAACUGGAUAUGACUCUUGUUAAAAUUGCUGGUUUCAAUGGUGAGAUACAGGGUAAAAGGGAUAAUGCGUAUCAAGCAAUGGAGAAGGCGAAAAAGAAUUAUGAUGAUGCUUGUCAAUCAAUGGAAUUAACAAGAAGCAAAUAUACAAAGUCUUCUAAUGAGAGGAAUGAAAGGAAAUUAGCUGAAAAGGAAACGGCAAUGAAUGUUUCCAAGAACGAUUAUCUAAUCAAAAUUAGUCUUGCCAAUAGACUUAAGGACAAAUAUUAUUUCCAAGAUAUUCCUGAAGCAUUAGAUCUCUUACAAGAUUUGAAUGAAGCAAGAAUACUUUUCUUGAAUGAUAUCUGGAAAACAGCUACUGCUGUUGAAAGAGAUGCAGGUGCUCGAAUUACGAAACGAGUAGAUACUGUUGAUGGUGUUGUUGCCCAAAACAUGCCACAUUUAUCAACAGCAAUGUAUAUUAAACAUAAUUUGAAGCAAUGGAAAGAACCAGCUGAUUUUCAAUAUAAACCAUCACCUGUAUGGCAUGAUGAUGAAAAUUUUAUUGUGAAAUCAAAUACAGAAGUUCAGGAGCUAAAAAUCAAGUUAGCCAAAAGCGAACAAGAUUAUAAUAAAUUCCAAGAUAUGACACAGGCUGAACGUUCCAAAUUAGCAUCAUUGAAUAAAACAAAGCAAGCAUUGAAGAGCAACGAAAAUGCUAUAGAUUCAAACAAAUUUUAUGAGAACCUAAAAAGUUAUUUGUCCUUAAUCUCACCAUUUACCUCGCAUGAAACAUUGAAACUUGAAGCAGAAGUUACAAUUGAAAGUAUUCAAAAUAAUGUACCACAGGAAUAUGAUCUCUCCACGGAUAAUAUCGACGUUUCAAAACAAAAGCAUAAAUCAGGAUUUUUCAGUAAAUUUAAACAAAAUUUGUUGAAUCCAGACAACAAACCGAAACGAACUAGUAUGAACAUUCAUAGUGGUUCCAGUAAUAGAAUAUCCAUAUUUGGAUCUCAGAAACGUCCUACUUCAAGUGCAGGUGGAUCCGAGGAUGUGGCAUCAAAUGAUGUUGACGAUCUCUCGUCAAAUUAUACUACAACAACCAGCGGUGCUACAUCAUCACGUACAGGAAUUAAGAAGAACAAAGUUUUAUACGCAUAUGCAAAACAAGAUACUGAUGAAAUCUCAAUAAGUCCAGGUGAUUCCAUAAGUUUGUUAGCUGCUGAUACAGGGUCUGGUUGGACGAAGAUUAGAAACGACACGACAGGUGAGAGUGGAUUAGUUCCAACAACAUAUGUCAAGAUUACGGAGAACGUUGCUGUUGAUGGUGGGCAUGGGAACGGCCAUGCACCUGCUGUUCCUCCACCUAGAAGAACUACUAUGCCAUCGCGAACUCUUACAGCGGCUUACUCUUAUUCUGCUGCUGGUGAUGAUGAAAUUUCGAUAAAUGUUGGUGAUGUUAUCACCGUGAUUAGAGGCGAUGAUGGGAGUGGAUGGACUUAUGGUGAACUUAACGGCAGUAAAGGGCUAGUCCCAACUAGUUAUUGUAAGUGA